GAGGUACCCGACGUGAGUGGGUCACAGGUGGGUAGAGUGGUGCUGUUCCUCGCGGCCGGACAGAGGAGUGCGGGCACCGCCAACCUGUACCUGGGACGUCCUUGACCACCAUAGGCAAUUAGAGGUUGAAAGGCCUCGGUCUCACUCGCUGUUGAAACGGCUGAGCGGGCCCGGCGUCUAGUGGGUUCUGGAGGUGUCCUCUCCACUCACUUACUGCUGCCCACGCUUUCCUUUGCUGGGGCUCCCCAGAGCCUGCGAGGGCCACGGGGCCCCCCCUACGUCAGCUCGACACCCGGCUGCUCGCCCUGCGCUUCGGCUCAGCGCCGAAGGCUGACAGCGAAGGAGAGCCUGUCCUGUCCCAGUUGUCCCUUUGUCCAUGUUGCCCAAGCCCCACUGACGAUGGAUGAGAGGAAGGACAACGAUGCUGAAGCUUGGCUGCCGCUGAAGCCUGUGGAGCCCCUGCCCUCCCAGUGCUGCGGGAGUGGCUGCUCGCCCUGUGUGUUUGACCUCUAUUACCGAGACCUGGAAAGAUGGGAAGCAGCCCGAGCCAGAAAUGACCGGAGCCUGCUGAGUGGGAAGCAGUCGACCGAGACCCAGGGCUGCUCCACCAAGCUAAGUCCAGAGACCUUCUUGGCCUUCCACAUCAGCGCCAUAGAGAAACUCACCAAGGACACCUACCAUGUCCGGUUUACAUUGCCUGGGAGCAGUCAGCUCGGCCUGCAUCCUGGGCAGCACCUCAUCCUACGAGGUACAGCAGAUGGCUUAGAAAUUCAGAGAGCCUAUACUCCCAUCAGCCCUGUCACUGCGGAAGGAUACUUUGAUGUUUUAAUCAAGUGCUAUCAGACUGGGCUGAUGUCCCGGUACGUGGAGUCCUGGAGAAUAGGAGACACAGCUUUCUGGAGAGGGCCUUUCGGAAGCUUCUUGUAUGAACCAAACAAGUAUGGUGAACUCCUCAUCCUGGCAGCUGGCACAGGCCUGGCCCCUAUGGUGCCCAUCCUGCAGAGCAUCACAGACAAUGCAGAUGAUGAGACCUUUGUCACCUUGGUUGGCUGCUUCAAGACCUUCGAGGCCAUCUACCUGAAGACCUUCCUCCAGGAGCAGGCCAGGUUCUGGAAUGUGCGAACCUUCUUUGUCCUCAGUCAGGAGGUCUCCCCAGAGCAGCUUCCCUGGAGCUACCGUGAGAAGACCCGCUUUGGCCGCCUGGGCCAGGAACUGCUUGAUGAGCUAGUGGCCCACUGCCGGAGAAAGCCGUUUACAUUAGUCUGUGGCUCACCUGAAUUUACUGAGGACAUGGCUCGGUGUCUCCUGGCUGCUGGCCUGACUAAGGAUUCCUACUUCCUCUUCUAGCCCUGGCCGU